AUGGACCCCUCAUCAUCAUAAACAUAUAUAAAGUAACAUCCAUAAGACAAUUCAAAAUCUAAUGAAAAUAAAGAUGGCUCUUAAACUCAAAUCAAAUCUUAAACCAAUUUUAGAAAUGGAUAAGAAAAAAACGAUAUUGGAUAAUUUAAAGACAGUGAACUAUAAACUAUAGAGUUUAUUGCUGAUAAUAUUAAAUAUCAAUUAGAUCCAAGGUAUAUGUUAUGGUCUACUGAAUUAUUAAAACAAGAUAAACCUUAAGAUCAAAAUGCUUACAAUUAUUAACAAGAAAAUCAAUCAAUUAAGAAGAAAUCUCAUAAAUUUAUGGAUCUAAAGAAACUUUAUGAACACAAUAAAUCCACAAUUGAAGGUCUAAAUAAAGAACUUAAUGAUCUUGAAUUAGCUAGACAAAAGACUUCAUAAAGACUUUAUGAAGUAAAAUAAGAAAAAGAAAGAAUGCGUAAGAUUUUUAAAGUUGAAAGAACAAAAACUGAAAACUUAAAAGGGUGCAAAGAGAGAUUGGAUAAACUAAAAAAAGAAUUAGGUUUUUGAU